AUUCCUUAUUCUUUCAAAUGUAUUCUUCAACCGAGCUGCAUUAUUUCAAACGCGAACUGGUCGACGGCCAGUUACGCAGUGAGGUGGCUUCUUUACGGCGCCAUCCUUCCAUGGACGGUCUGUUGAGCAAAGAAUCUGGAACAUAUCCCUUUCUCAAUUUUCUCUUCCAACGCUGCAUUGUCCAGUUCCCACUCCUCAAGCGUACGGAUGGAAAUGCCUUUUGGAACAAGACAUCGGUCUUCCUUGAUGAACUCGCGAAACUCAACCUGAACACAUAUUCCCCCAAGCACACCGGCGCCUCCCAACGCAGGAUCAUGGCCUACAAACUCCAGAAGAUGCUUACAAUCACAUUGUGCGCGGCCAUCAAGAGUAUCCAGGGAAACGAAGACAACCUCAAGCCAAGUCUUCUGGAAGACAAGGAACAACAAGAAACCGAACAAGAAAAGCAACUUUCCAAGGACAUGGCCCAUCAGUUGAAUUUUCUCGAGAACGAAGAGAACUACUUGGCCUGGAUUGGCGCGAGCGAGUUGGAUAUUGAUGUGAUCACUGUUCGCCAAGCAUCCGAAAAAAGAACCUUACGUGAGGUUAUCCACGCCGAAUUUGUGGUCCAGACAACCGUACUAGACAGACCGGAUCUGCUGGUGGUUGCCAGACGCCACGGCCAAUUCCGUCAGCUGUACGACGACCUAAAGGCAAACUUCCCAAUGGAAGACGUUCCUUAUGUGCCAUCCAAGGCGCGCGACCCUUCCUACACCAGCCACAGUAGUAGCACGUCUGACAACCAUUUGUACCGCGAAAAGGAUCGGAUCCUACUCAGGGGUUUCCUCCGCCGUGUAGCCAGUAACCACAAACUGGCCAAUAGCAGCUUCGUAGCCGAUUUCCUCCAAAAGGACCCUAUAAAACUUAACGCUGACGAGACUUCUGACGUCGAAAAACGGAUGAGAAUGGACAAGGCCCGUGCGGAAGAGGAAAGGCGGUUUAGAGAGCAGGUCGAUCAAAAGGUCAAUGAUCUCAAUGAUCUUUUGGAAAUGUUGAAAAAGCAAAUUGUCCAGCCUGGAGGUCUUUUACAAGUCUUUGAAAUCAUCAAAAAGACCGAGACUAUUGACAAAUUACCCGAACCUCUUCUAAAGGCCUUUGAAUGGGGUCGUAUCAACUUUGCGUUUGUGUUGCACACACAGUUUGUCACUUCGGAUAAAGCAAUUGAAAACAUCUCUAACCUCAAACGCACUCAUGGCCUGAUGCCUUACCGGACAAUGGCCAAGUUGCUCAAGCACUCGAACCCAUUUACUAUUGUCAAGGGUAUUUUGGAUCUGUUCUUGGCUCAGCCAUUUGGCGGUCGUAGUUUAUUCCAGAGAAUGGUUGCUUCCAAUAUGAACGAAGAUGCCAAGGAAGCACAAAAGGAUGCUACUGAGCUUGAAAAGGCCAUCAGUCAUCCUGAUCUUUGCAAGAAACUCAAGGCUGCUGUCAACACUCCUCUUCCAGACAAUGUUGUCAUUGAUGAGAGUUCAUAUGUAGUGAGCACCUUGAAAAUCCUGCAGGAACCUUCUAUUGAACCCGUUUUGCCGGCAAGCAUUCUGGACCGUCUUGUGUCUCAGCAAGACAAGCCAGAGGUCCGACUAGAGAUCAAGCAGUUACACUCUCUCUGGGUCAUAUACGCUCACCAGCACGAACAAGAACUACUGACCAACCUGGUGUUCCAGGGAGCGACGGGCGAACUUGUGCGAGAACUAUUUGCCAUCUUUUACCAGCCACUGGCCCAGGUCUACAAAUCAGCCAACAUCGGCGAGUCAAUCAAGCAUCUUUCCGCAUUUAUCGAUGAUCUUCUUCAGGUCGUGGAUGGCCUGAAUGUGGAAGAUGUGACAAACUCGACUCAGCUGUUUGUCCAGCUGGUUCAGCGCCACGAACAGCACUUUUAUGCGUUUGUGCACAAUGUACAUGCCCAGGAUACAUCUAACCUGUUUGACGAACUAUUGGCCUACGUUGAUCAGUUGUUUGGAUUUCUCUCACGCGGCAUUCCUGGCAAAAUUGAUUUGCUGGAAACCAUCCGCAAAGCCAAUCUCAGCACGUCUGAAGAGGCAGCCCUCAAGUCAGAAAUGGAAGCCCUGUGCGACUACCAUCGACGCCGCAAGGAGAUUCAUCUCCAGCGUACUCGCCAAAAGUUGCUCGAGAGUUCAGACGAAGCCAUGCUGGACUUUUUACCUAAUCACAGCGAGAUGGCCGGUGUACUGAACGACUUUGCAGAAAUGGAAUACGAAGAAGAUGAUGAAGAGGAGGAAGAGGAAGAGGAGGAAGAAGGAAAGGAGGGUGGAAAUAAGAAUAAGGUGGUUCAUGAAAUGACACUAGAAAUGCCCAAGUUGACCAUAAUACCUCGUAUUACACCAGUGUUUUUGGAAGAAGUAGUUGGUUUAAUGCAAUCAUCAAAUGUCCAAUAGAAGAAUAAAAGUAAAAAAUAAAAUAAAAAGGGAAAGAGAUAAUAUAAGGUU